AUGGAUGGAGAAACAGCUCUGCAUAGAGCUGCUUUGAAUGGCGACGAGAAGGAAGCUCAAAACCUCAUCGUUUUAGGAGCCGACCCUAAUAUUCGAAAUAAUUUUAAUGUGACACCUCUGGAUCAUGCUGCUUCGAAAGGUCACACGAGUAUCGCCGAACUUCUCAUCUACGCUGGAGCCAAUGUUGAUGCUGAAUCUAAUGUGAAAUGGACACCUCUUCAUUCAGCAUGCAUGUGUGGUCAUGAGAAUGUUGCUGAACUUCUCAUCCGUAAAGGAGCCAAUGUUCAUAAGGAAACUGAUAUGAAAAACACACCUCUUCAUUUAGCUGCUCAGAAUGGUAAUAGUUGAAUACUUGUCUUUACCAAAAGAAGAUUGAUUUGAUC